CCAGCAGCAGAGCUGGUUUUCCCCCGUGCACCAUUCUCACGCCUCCAGAAAUCCCUUUGCAUGCUCCAGACGGUUUGGGUGUCCUCACCAAGGAGCUGGGCUUUGCAGGAGUCCACGAGUCAGCGCCAGGGCAAGAGAAGGUGCUGGAAAUGUAGACUUGUCAGGACUAUAAUCCGGCACCCAUGUCGGAGGCAUGCCCCCAAACGCUCCAGGAAAGAAAGAAUGUUGAGGAAAAUCCAGAUAUGCCUCUGCUUCUGCUUUGUCUCGGGCAUUUUGUACGAGAUCUCCCUCUUGUCCAGCUGUGUCUUCUCCUACUUGCCCAUGGCCCAGCACUACCUGACACCUGAGCAGGUGCUGAACCUUGGCAAAAGCAUCAUUUUCCUGGAGACCACGGAGCGCCUGGAGCCGCCCCCGCUGGUGUCGUGCUCCGUGGAAUCCGCUGCCCGGAUUUACCAGGACAGGCCCAUCAUCCUCUUCAUGAGGGGACUCACCAACGAGACAGCCUUGGACAUGAACACCAGCUACGCAGCCUUCUCCCUCCUGUCUUCCAUGAAGAAUGUCUUCAUUUUCCCUCUCCAGAUGGAAACAGUCUUCCAGGAGACCCCUCUGCUCCAGUGGUACAACCAGGUGGUCCCGGAGCAGGAGAAGAACUGGGUGCAUGUCAGCUCGGACGCCAGCAGGCUGGCGCUCAUCUGGAAGUACGGGGGCAUCUACAUGGACACGGACGUGAUCUCCAUCCGGCCCAUCCCCCAGGACAGCUUCCUGGCCGCGCAGAAGUCGCGCUUCUCCAGCAACGGCAUCUUCGGCUUCCCUGCGCGCCACAAGUUCAUCUGGGACUGCAUGGAGAACUUCGUGCUCAAGUACAACGGCAACAUCUGGGGCAACCAGGGCCCCUUCCUGAUGACGAGGAUGCUCAAAACGCUCUGCAACCUCACGGAUUUCCAAGGCACUGAGGACCACAGCUGCCAGAACAUCUCCUUCCUCAACCCCCAGCGUUUCUACCCCAUCCCGUACCCAGCCUGGAGCCGGUACUACCAGGUGUGGGAUAAAAGCCCCAGUUUCAACCACUCCUACGCGCUGCACCUGUGGAACUUCAUGAACCGCAACCGCAAGGUCGUGGUGGCCGGCAGCAACACCCUGGCUGAGAAACUCUACAAAACUUACUGCCCCACCACCUACGAGGACCUGAUCCAGAAUGCCAAGCACAGGGAUCUCCCAGUCCCUGAGGAUGUUGAGUGA